UUUGCUCAUCCCUAAUAAAUACGAUGCGAGUUCAAGAGUUCUGUUAAUUGUAGCUGUUGGAUUUCGUGGCCACUGGUCAAAGGAAGAUGAGUCAUGCUUGCAUUUGCCAACUUUCGAGGGGAUGUCGAUAGUAUCCCAUACUUUGGGGGUUCUGUUUAAAAUUUUCAAACCUUAGGAUCGAUCUAACCAUUGACGAUAAAUGUGUGAUUUUCAACCUCAAACAUGAGAAAGCUUCUAAAAUCCAACGGAGGAGACAGAAGAGAGAAGUGAAAAGAUUGAUUGACGUGGAUUCUCUGAAAUUCUGCCUUCACCGGGAAAUUGUGAGUCUCUCAGCAGGAGCAUUCCUUAGUCAUCAUCUAUUUGUUUCUUCUAGAUCCAAUGUACGGUGGAGUAGGCCUGUGUGAAGCAGGGGUUGCACUGUGAUCUAUGUAUCUUCAAAUGCUGGCAAUUUGAAGUAGAUCGGUUGCAAUAGAGCGGUGGAAUUGCAAUGGAUAGAAAUAGCUCUCCCCCAGCUCCACCUAGAUGGAGAAAAGUGGCAUAUGGAGGAAUGCAACCUGGUUUUGAUGACAAUCACACGGAUGAGUCUUUUCUUGAACAUAUGGUUAUGAAUGCCAAUGUAGUUAAACGGGACUUGAUAAAGGUGAUGCAGGACUCAGUUUCCAUCUCACAAUAUCUAUGCAUUGUUGUUCUUGUUGUGGUGGUUUGGAUUUACACUCUUAGAUCAACUCUUGAUGAAAAUUCCCUUUUGCUUUUAGAUAUAAGUCUCCUGGUUUCAGGUUUCUUGAUUCUCAUUUUAACUGAAGAAAUGCUUUCACUUAAAUUGCUGUUCCAUUAUAUUCUCAAUAUCUCUUUCUUCAUGACUGGUCUUUAUGUUUUGGCUCCUAUCUACCAAACACUUACAAGGUCCAUAAGCUCAGACUCAAUCUGGGCUGUGAGCAUCUCACUUCUCAUUCUCCAUCUCUUCCUGCAUGACUAUUCAGGGUCUACUAUAAAAGCUCCAGGGGCUCUACAGAAUCCAACUUUAACCAGUUGCAUCUCUUUAAAUGCUUCUGUUGUAGCAUCUGUGUUCAUUGCAUCCCGCCUUCCAUCAAGGCUACAUGUCUUUGCUAUCAUGCUCUUCUCAUUGUUAGUAUUCCUUUUUGCUCCACUGGUCACAUACUGUUUAAAGAAAUACUCCUUCCGUUUGCACCUUUUUUUCUCUUUCACCUUGAUGGUUGCAACCCUUGCUUUCGUUUAUAUGCUACACCGGUUACUUUUUGUGUUGUUCUUAGGCUUGUUGGUUUUUGUGACUGUGGUAUGUCCUUAUUGGCUUAUACAGAUUCAAGAAUACAAAUUCGAGAUUAAUGGUCCUUGGGAUGAGGCUAAGCUUUGUUUUGAUAUUACAGAUUGAGAACACUUGUUCUACUUUCCUUCUUUAUGUGCACUGACAAUUUUCAUUUUAACAAUUGUUCAUUUUUGUACAAUUUUAUGCUGGCUAUUCAAGUAAAUGUGCCCAUGGUAAUAUAAUUUUCUCAAUUCGAGCUC